GCCUUAAUAGGAGACUGUAUUUGUCAUACAGAACUUUACCAACUUGGCUGAAUAUUUGUUUUGUCAGAGAUGAAUUUGCAUAGCUGAAAACGGUCUGGUAAAGCAUAGGGAAGCAUUGUAAAGCACAGAGAGGUCUGGUAAAGCAUAGGGAAGCAUUGUAAAGCACAGAGAGGUCUGGUAAAGCAUAAGGAAGCAUUGUAAAGCACAGAGAGGUGUGGUAAAGCAUAGGGAAGCACUGUAAAGCACAGAGAGGUCUGGUAAAGCAUAGGGAAGCAUUGUAAACACAGAGAGGUCUGGUAAAGCAUAGGGAAGCAUUGUAAACACAGAGAGGUCUGGUAAAGCAUAGGGAAGCAUUGUAAAGCACAGAGAGGUCUGGUAAAGCAUAGGGAAGCAUUGUAAAGCACAGAGAGGUCUGGUAAAGCAUAUUAAAACAAACAGGGUAAAUGUAUGGGUAAAGAAUUGUAAAAUUGCAAAAAUAUAUAUAUUGUGCAAAAAAUGCCAUUAUAAUGUAACUUUUAAAAGGAGUUCCGCUUUCUCGAAACUGAACCCGUUUAGGUUUCGAACUGAGUAGAAAAAUACUUGGAAUAAAUAAUGAUUUUUUUUUUUUCUCGCGGGAAAGGAGGGGUGUGUUGUGGAAGCCCACUAAUAAAACCGAGCUGGACUUUGUAAGAGCAAAUAUUUAACGGGCAAUUAUUACUUUCGGAUUGUUGCCUGAAACUCACAGAAGAAGACAGCAAUGGAGUCGGACAGAGCUGUAGGAUUGUUUCUCGUGUUGUGCUGUAUUAUCAUAAACCCGGUUCUAUGCGAGACACUGUGUAAUGAAUUGGUGAAAAUCACUCAUGGAGAGGUGAGGUAUCCUGUCACCAGAGAGGUUGGCAGCGUUCUGAAGUACCUGUGCCCAAAUAACACCCGCGCGUUCCCGGUGAGCUGGCGAGUGUGUAUGAGGAACGGGCAGUGGUCUCCUCUGAGGAACAGCUUCUUAGAACGAGCGAGAACAGCGUCCUGUGUCCCAUAUUCCUGUAGUGGCCACAUCUCUCUGGAGAACGGCAGGUCCUUUCCGAGAAGGACCAAGUUCUCCAUUGGAAGCACGGUUCACUUUGAGUGCGACUCUGGCUUCAAUAUGUUUGGUUCACCAAACAGGACCUGCUUGGCUACAGGAAAGUGGAGUGGAAAAGUGACCAUCUGUGAUUCUGGGGAGACUUUCUGUCCGAACCCAGGGAUACCGCUGGGGGGUCAGAGGAUCGGGACCAGGUUCUGGGAGGGGCAGCAGGUCCGGUACACCUGCUACAGAGGCAUGGUUCUGAGGGGUCCAGAAUUGAGAACCUGCAGGGCAGAUGGCAGCUGGACUGGGACAGAACCACGCUGCGAAGAAAGAUUCUCGUUUGAUGAACCAGAAGCUGUGGGGAAGCACUUGAACAUGGCAGAGGAAGUAAUCACCAACACAGAUAAAGGGAUUCACAUGUACUUUGUGGUCAAAGUUUCAGCAAGCAUUGGGAAAGAAAACAUAGAGAAAGCACAGCAGUUCGUUGAAGCUACGAUUGAAAAGUACACAGACUAUUCCAAAGUCCUGAGGUCCAGUGUGGUCAUCUUCGCUUCCACUGCCGAUGAAAUAAUGGCUUUGAAGGACAACUCCCCAGACGACCUGGAUUUUAUGAAGUUUCUGAACCACACUGGUUGUAAUACAGGAGAGGCCCUGAGUCUGGUUCUGAGUUCGAUCAAGGAAAACCUUGAUCGGAAGAAACCAGCUAAGCAAGUCAUUCUCCUCAUCACCAACGGGCGACAUAAUAUGGGUCCCAGUCCUUAUGCCUUAAUUCAGAACAUAACUGAAAUCAUCCCAGAACCAACCAAAAAUCUCGAUAUCUUCACCAUCGGAAUUGGAGACGCUUCAAAAGAAGAGCUGGAUAGAAUCGCUUCUCAGAGACAGGAGCCCAGGUCUUUCUACCUGCCAGAUUAUGAGGCCCUGGAAAAAAUCUACCCAGAAGAAAACCCCAACGCAUGCGGUGUCAGAGGAGUGAAAGGAGUGCAUUAUGGGAGAGUGUACAAAGGGACUGAAGCCGGACAGCAGCAGUGGCCAUGGCAAGCCUUCUUAAAGAUAACCGGUAAAAUGCAGGGAGGGGGGUCCAUUAUUGCUGACCGCUGGAUCCUGACCGCAGCCCAUGUCCUAGUGAAAUCUGCGACAGCUACAUAUGACCCCAGCGAGAUUACUGUCUACCUUGGUAUCACUCAAACCACACUGCAAGGGCUACAUGGUAAUGGUAUGCCAGUGGAGAAGGUUUUUGUUCACAAAGACUAUGUGUACAGCGAUGACGACUCAACCAGUCAAAUCUAUGCUCAUGAUGUCGGGCUGCUGAAACUCAACAGAACGAUCAAAUACAGUGACAAGAGAAGGCCUGUCUGUCUACCCUGCACUGAAGAAUUAUCCGAGAUUCUGUCUUUACCAAACCUAGAUUGGACCAAACAGUGCCAAUAUCAAGACCGCAUUCUAACCGGUAAUGGGGGUGAAGAUUUUCGGACGGUCACUGGUUACAUCUCAGGAUGGGGCGGGUCGUCUGGGAACAAAGCAACCAGCAGAAAACUGCUCUUUGGGGAGAUUUCUAUAAAGGGACGUGAUAUCUGUUCCAAAUCAUAUCCGUUUCCUUUGCCUGUUCCCGAUGACAGGUUUUGUGCAAUAGGGGAGGAUGUUGAUGCGUGCGGAGGGGAUUCUGGAGGGCCGUUUGUCAUCAAAACAAAAGGAAGAUGGAUUCAGGUGGGCAUUGUAAGCCAUGGCAGCGCCACCAAAUGUAUGAGUGGCACCAUGGGAUACUAUGCCAGCGUCCCCAAGCACAUGGACUGGAUCAGGCAACAGCUGGACGAAUAAACUGGGUUGAAACAAGCAGCUACCCUUGUCAUUUUUAAUUGCUCACAAUUGUGAUAUUACCCCAUUCAGCCCAUCUUGCUCGUUUGGUUGUUAGUAGCUUAUUGAUCCCAGAAUCUCAUCAAGCAGCUUCUUGAAGGAUCCCCAGGGUGUCGGCUUCAACAACAUUACUGGGGAGUUGGUUCCAGACCCUCACAAUUCUCUGUGUAAAAAAGUGCCUCCUAUUUUCUGUUCUGAAUGCCCCUUUAUCUAAUUUGUGACCCCCGGUCCUUGUUUCUUUUUUCAGGUCCCCUGGGUCGACAUUGUCUAUACCUUUUAGGAUUUUGAAUGCUUGAAUCAGAUCGCCGCGUAGUCUUCUUUGUUCAAGACUGAACAGAUUCUUUUAGCCUGUCUGCAUACGACAUGCCUUUUAAACCCGGGAUAAUUCUGGUCGCUCUUCUUUGCACUCUUUCUAGAGCAGCAGUAUCCUUUUUGUAACGAGGUGAAGGACAUUUAUUCUGUUAAGCGUUUAGUUAUUAAAUUAAUCAAUCAAUAUUUAUUUUAUAUAGCGCCUUUCAUAGUGGUCCACAAGCGCUUUACAAAAUAGUGAGGAGCAACGCAUAAUACAUUAAAUACAAGGAUGUGAAUUUUAAACAUUGUGGAUGCGUGUGUCUCACAGAAUCGAUAAGCAUGUGAAAAACCGGAAAUAGCAAUUAACUAAUAACAGAGAUCAGGCUUAGAGAGCAGGGAAAGCAAGAGAGAACUCUUGAGAGCUGAUUUGAAGCGAGCGACUGUGGGAGCCGCACGCUCUGGAGCUGGGAGAGAGCUCUGGAGAGUCGGGGGGGGGGGGGGG